UCCUUUUGUCGAGAUACAUGCCUCGAGAAGUGAAUUCCCCUAGCCUCUUCACGCCAUUCUAGAUUUAUGAUUUUCAUACUGAAGAACAUGCUCUCAAGGCUUAUAUUUGUCGUUUAAUGAGUCAAUAAAAGGGCAUUUCACAGUCCCACUACCUCCAUUCUAUGCUCAUCGUUAUAGAAUCUUCAAUCCACUGUUGCUCCAUCUCUCAUUACAUUGUUCAUCCCAGGACAUCUUUCUUAUUCCAUCCCUGUUACAGUACAUUACAUUUCUUGAUCUCCAAAGUAAAAUUAAACGGUUACAUCCCUUCCAUUUUGUUGUGGUUCACCAGAUCUGCGGCUAAUACAAAUUCGCAUUAGAGGGUCGACAUGGCUGCAUCUAACUUCUACGACCAAGGGCGUCAUUUCUACAUGGAAAUCAACCCUGACUUAGACAUGGGUGAGAUCCCUUCCAUUUUUUUCAGGAGAUUCAAGGAUGGGCUUCCAAACUUUAUGACUUUCCACGACUUUGCUGAAAAUGAGGUUGAUGUUGUUAUUGAGAAGUGUCACCACACGGCUAUUAUUGUUGCUGGUUACAAUAGCUUAGUCACACUCUAUGGCCUCAAAGAAAGUGGUUGGCUCAAAGUGUGCUACGUUGGUAGGGAGAAAUUUCUCAUUAUCGAAGUGAAAGACCACAAUAUAGUGGCCAAAUGUCUCUACUUUCCACCACUCAAGCUAAGUAUCAACAUCAAACCUACCAUUGCUAUUGAUGAAACUAUAUCACUUUCCAAACAUACCUCAGUGGCAAGCCCCGUCAACCAGGAGACGGUUUCAUCCAAGCUAGGAGAAUCGCCCCAAAUUUUGCAUAAUGAAGCCAACUUGCAAUCUAAUUCAGAUUUUGUACUCCACGGUGGUCAUUUUAUAACUCACUCUGUUUUCAAUGUCUCAAACCCCGUUGAACCCACUGCUUACUCUGGGAUGGAGGCUCCAUACAAUAACACAACGAUUUUGUCUUUUGAUGAUGCUAUAGCUCAACCACCUCACGAUCCAAUCAAACAAGUGCUUUCAAUGACGAUCUUCCCUGCUCCUCCCCAGAUAAGUAAGCCCCUCAACCAAUAUCUUCCAUCUACAUUACCAUCCUCUAACCCUAACAUGUCAAAUAUCAGUGUUGGUGAUCUUAACUGUGCUGCACCCAUCUCACCCUUCUUGCCUCCGGAUUCUAUCCCUGGCGAAGAGCUCUAUAGCAUAGUGAGGGUUAUACCUGAAUACCAAUCCAAACACUACUCAUUGCUUAUUCUUUCGGCUUUUGCGGCCCAAGCAUUUCCUUUGAGGCUUGACUUUAUUCAUGUUCGUCAACUGCAUAAGCCACCUAUUCUCAUGAAGCUUCAUUGGAGGAGUCCUAGAUCAUCUGAGGCAUUUGUUACUAGGGGAUGGUGUAAAUUUUCCGUUGCCAAUGGUCUUAGGUGCGACAGAGUUCUGCAUCUCAGCGUCCCUGUGCAAGAUGAGACCACCAUGUUCGUUACUAUUCUACGUAUCUAGCGAUGUUUCUCAGUUCAUGUUUCUUUUGGAUCAGUUUCCCACUUGCAAACUGCUGUUUAUGUCUUUGGUUUAGUUGUAAACAAAUUGGUUACUUUGGUGUAAUUGAAAGUUAUUAAAGCCAAUCCUAAAAAGGCAUUUUGUUAUGCCCGAAACCUAUUUGUUUGUAGUUUCAAAUAUGUAUUUCAUACCA